AUGCCUAACUACGUCAUCUACCCCAAACGCAAAGCCACCGAGGAACAGGUGCAGAAAGUCAGACAAGAUAUCCUCGACAAGGGCGGAAGAAUCGGCCAGGAGGACUCAUUGACCGGUGGUAUCUGUAUCACCUUCGACUACGAUGAAGAUAUCAUCAAGCCCUUUUAUAAACAUCCUCUCAUUGCUCGCGUUGAGAGAAACUCGGAGUUUGCGACGGUGUAA